AUGCAAUGGCUUCUCCGGAAGCUAAAGGUCAACAGCAACCGUGGUAGGACUGCUAUCCUCGGAGUCUUUUGGAGUGCUGGUGCGUGGGGAGGCAUAUAUUAUGCUUAUCAUAAGUACCAAGAUAGCAAAACAAAAGUUGCUUUCCUUGCUCCCAAGUUCGGCGUCCCACCUGAGGAGCAUCGCCUGGCUGCGUUUCGAUGGGUUCAGCAUCAAGGUAUCGAUCGUGGUGAAAUGGGCACCACUGAGACCAGAGCCGACAUCGAAGAUGUGCGGAGGAAAAUAUUGCGCUUCGCUAGAGGUCAUGUUCUAGAGUGUGGGAUAGGGACUGGUCGGCACAACUUGAGGCAGUACAUUAUUAACCCUCGACUGAAGAGCCUCACGGGUAUCGAUCUGGUCGACGAGGCUCUCGAGAAAGCUGUGGAGCAUCUUGAUGCAGCGACCUCUGGUGUAGUAGAUAUGGAGAACAAUGUCCUCGAUGUUAAACCGAAGCAUGUAUCACUGAUACAUGGUGACUUCCACAAGCUCCCGUUCCCUGAUAACACUUUUGAUACAGUCGUGAGCAGCUUCGCACUAUGUUCGGCGGAAGACCCCAAGCGUGCAUUACUAGAAAUGGCGCGAGUUUCCCGGAAUCGAGUGCUCUUACUGGAGCAUGGUCUUUCUUGCUGGCGGAUUAUGCGUUGGCUGGGUUACCUUACAGGAGCGUAUCCUGACCCGGAACAUCCUUGGACUCACGGGUGUUAUCAAGAUAGAGAUAUACUCAAGCUGUGCCGUGACUGUGAUCUUACGAUUAUUCGAAGGACAAGCUAUCAGUACGGUCAUGUUUAUGAGAUUCUUGCUAAGCAUAGCAAGAAGCUUGUGAAUGCGGUCGAUCUCUCUAUUAACUUCUCCGGUUGUGAUCCGUCCAGUUGA